UGUCGAGGGAGGAGACGCAUCCCAAAACCCCUCCAGUGAGCGUGCAGCUGGGAGGCGUCAUUUUGCACACAUACAUACUUUGUAAUUAGUCCUCUCCCUCAUUCAACAUCCUGUGCAGGCCGUGACCCCUCCACACAAACAAGGGUGCUUCAGGGCCAGCGGCCCAAUGUUAAUCUUUUCCCGCUCCCACAACCAUCCACAUUUUCCUCGGGAUUCUGUGCUGUAAAUUCACGAAGACCGUCAGGCAAUUUUCAGGAUUCUCUUGAUUCAUCCUGCAGCCAAAAAAGAUGGAGUAUGUAUCGGCGAUGGGACUGAUGCUUCUCUCGGCGUUAAGUCUGGACCUGCUGCAAGUCAACGGCUUGGGAGCCAUUGGAGAGACCACAGAGAAACAUCCCCCAAGCUCCUCGGACGUCAAAGCAGGGCGUUGUUCUUACACGUUCAUCGUUCCCCAGCAGAAACUGUCCGGAGCGUUGUGCUUGGACGCGAAGGCCGCCGGCAGCGCCGCCAACCAGUCAGAGGUGGCCGCGCUGCGGUCGGAGCUGAAGCGCCAGCAGGACCAGCUGGGGAGCCUGCAGACCCUCCUGGAUCAGGAGGGCGGCUUCGCGGCGGAGAUGAGAAUCCUGCGCAAGGAGAGCAGCGGCAUGAACUCCCGCAUCGCCCAGCUGUACAGCCAGCUGCUGCAGGAGGUCAUCCACAAAAAGGACCAAACGUUGGAGCAGCGCAGGGUGGAGAACCUCCUGCUCAACGCGACAACGCACGCGCUCCAGGUGUCCAGCAACUUCGGGGAACUGGAGAAAAAGUAUGGAGCGCUCACGUCGAUGAUGAGCUCCCAAAGUCAACUGAUUGCACGGCUGGAAAAGCAAUGCCAAUGUAAGGAGGCCUCCCAGUCCGACCCGGUGCAGACGGACCUGCCAAAAAGCCGCUCCGCCGCUCUACUUAACGACACCUCUGAAAUCAGCAACAAUCUUCAAAGGGACCAUAAUGCACUGCAGCAAGACAACCCUUUGGGGUUGAGUCUGAUUCCCAGCACCACCGCCAGUCCGUUGACGGUCCAGCCCGUCAUUUACGUCCCUGUCACCAAGAGCCCAGGGCCGUGGCGGGACUGCCGACACGUGCUGGAAUCCGGCGAGACGACCAGCGGCAUCUACCUGCUGCGCCUCCAGAGCGCCAACCGACUUCUGCAGGCCUGGUGCGAACAAACUCAAGCUCAGGGGGGCUGGACGGUCAUCCAGAGGAGGCAGGACGGUUCCGUCAAUUUCUUCAGGACUUGGGAGCAGUACAAGCAAGGCUUUGGGAACCUGGAUGGCGAGUACUGGCUGGGGCUGGAACACCUCUACUGGCUGGCCAGACAGAGCAAAUACAAGCUGCGCGUGGUCCUGGAUGACUGGCAGGGCCGGCAGGUGUUCGCGGAGUACGACAGCUUCCGGCUGGAGCCGGAGAGCGACGGGUACCGACUGCGGUUGGGGCAGUACAGCGGCAACGCGGGCGACUCGCUGUCGUGGCACAACAACAAGGCCUUCACCACUCUGGAUCGCGACAGAGACGGCUACACAGGUAACUGCGCCCACUACCAGAAAGGAGGCUGGUGGUAUCACAUGUGCGCCCACUCCAACCUGAACGGCGUCUGGUACCGGGGCGGGCACUAUCGCAGCCGUUAUCAGGACGGCGUCUACUGGGCGGAGUUCCACGGAGGCUCCUACUCGCUCAAGCGGGUCCUCAUGAUGGUCAAGCCCUUGUAGUGUGUUUGCGCGUCCGUCCGUGCCUUGUACGCCGUUGCGCGACCUUUGCUGCUUUCGAGGUCCUCCGGUCACAUUCACCAAUAACUUCAUGUCAUGACCGUGCGUUGUAUUUUUGUUUUCGG